AUGCGAAAGAUUGAGGCCUGGCACGGCUUUCUGGAGACGAUGAAUUCAUGGUUGGCCUUGCAAGACAAGGCCUAUGUGAACGAGAUUCGCCUCUGCAUCAGUGUCAAGGACGAGAUCCGACAGGACCUUUUGCCUCCUGACACUGCAGCUCGGUCGGCGAAGUUGUUUGAGUUUGGCAAAGUGGGAGCGCUAGGAGAAGCGGCUUCGGCCUGCGAGUACCCGACGCCUCCCAUCUCGAGCGACGAGGCAGUUCGCACCUUGCACCUGAACUACUCCAUUGUGUCUCGAAUGGAAGCCGUCUACGUGAGAGACGGAUGUGCGACGUGCCGACUGCAGCGAACCGUGGAAUGGACGGCAAGCUUUGCGACCAUUGCGGCAAGCAUGGUCAUGUGGCAAAGGAUUGUUGGUUUCGACAGCGUGAUGCUGGUUAGAAAGGCGGCAAGCAGCAAAGGAGAGUCGAAGAGUGGAAAGGGCACCGGUGGCCCUAAAGGACAAAGGUCGCCCACUCCGAAGGGCACGCCUCGCUCUCCGACGCCGAAGGGAAGGCCCAACUCCAAGGGAGAGAAGGGUGAAAAGGGAGAGAAAGGCAAGGACAAGGGCAAGAAAAAGAAGAACCGCGCCCGGGCUAUGGGAGAACCAGAGUCCGAGGCAGAAGCAUCGCCGACACAGACUGUGAUGGCAAUGCGGUUUGCCCAGCAAGGCUGA